AUGGCUUCCCCGUCUGAAACUCCGGUGCUGGCGGAAGGCGACAACUUCACCCACGUUGGAAAUGACACCCUUGUGGCUCCCGCCCCGAUCCUGAAGGUGAUCCAGAAGCUUGGCUUCCUGUCCCUCGAGUUGAAAAUCGUCAUUAGCGCUAUGGCAAUUAUCUACAUCGGUGCUCACGGAGCUCUUCGCCGGCCACCGUCCGCUUCCCCGGCAAAGAGCGGCAAGAAGAAGAAGGAAGACCAGUUCGCUGAGGGGUUCACUCCCUCCGAUGCGAUUUUGCUCCCCGUUCUGGCAGGAUUCGUGCUCAUCGGCCUGUACUACAUCAUCAAGUGGAUCCAGGACCCUUCUAUUCUCAACAAGAUACUGCAGACGUACAUGUCUGUUGUUGGCGUCAUCAGCUUGAGCAAGCUCUUGGGAGACACUUUGGAGUUUGUCACGAGCAUGUUCUUCCCCAGCAUGUGGCGGGAUAGUCAAGGCCAGAUCUUCCAUAUUGAUGGCCGACGUCGCUGCCAGGAACUUCUAAUUCGUCCUCAGGACGAGACCUCCGAGCGGCGCACUGACACGAAGAAGACAACUCCCUUGGCAGGAUUUCUUUCCGAAAGGAGCUUCUCAGCCCGCACUCAACAUUCCUUGUGGAAGGCGCGACAUCUUCUGACGGAGAAAUGGAUUGUGCGAGUCGCUGUGCAUGGCAUCGGCAAGGAGUCGUUUCCCAUCAAACUGGUCCAUGUCAUCGGCAUCCUCCUUGCUAUGUCGACAACGUUCACCUAUAGCCUCACUGGGGCCACGCUGCUUUCUAAUCUCAUGGGUGCUGGAUUCUGCUACGGGACAUCAAUGAUUAUGUCGUGCACUUCGUUCGCGACGGGAUCUCUUGUCUUGCUUGGCCUUUUUGUCUAUGAUAUCGUCAUGGUUUUCUACACGCCGUACAUGAUCACCGUUGCUAAGACCAUCGAUGCACCUAUCAAGCUAGUCUUCGAGGGCCCUUCUGGGGCUAGUCUUCUAGGACUAGGAGACAUUGUCAUCCCGGGCAUCUUCAUCUGCCUCGCCCUUCGUUUUGAUUUGUGGCAAUACUACCAGAAGAAAGCCAAGUACGUCCCGACAAGCCUUGAGACCGUUUCUCAGGAUCCUUCAUCCGAACAGACUGUGACAACGACCGAGACGCAGUACCGCACUGUCAAGCCGACAUUCGUUGACCCCCAGGGGCGUUGGGGCGAUCGUCUGUGGACGAGCACUUGGUUGGGUAUCUUCUUUGGUAAACCGGCCACACCGACACUGGCCGCAGCUGCUUUCCCCAAGCCUUACUUCUACGCAUCCAUGUUUGGGUAUUUUCUCGGCAUGUUGACGACGCUGGCCAUGUUGAUCAUUUUCAGACAUGGCCAGCCCGCGCUACUGUAUCUCGUCCCUGGGGUGGUUGGGUCUACCUGGCUGACUGGUUUGGUCCGGGGCGAGUUGAAAGCCAUGUGGACUUACACCGAGGACGGAAGUCUUGAUACCGAAGAUGUUGUUGUCGAGCUGGAUGCAGAUGGCCGGGUUGUCAAGGAGAUCAGCUCGAAGAAGGAAGGUGACGACGAGGCUAAAGAGCCCAAGAGCGAAAAGGAUCUUCAGACGGAACCGACCACCUCGAAAAAGGAAGAGAAGGCUGGCGAGCAGGGUCAAGCAGACGUCAAAGCUAGCGCCUCCAACCCUCUAGAGAUAUCAGAGAAAGGCUACGACGUGUUCCUGUUCUCAAUCUCCGCACCUGGAACCAAAGACCUGAAGGAAGAUUAG